UUUUCACCAAACGCCAAUAAACACCAGAAGAAGAAAAGGAAAAAACGCAGUCUGGCGACUUCGGCUAACUUAGCAUAACAGCUAACGAAGAUCCGAUUGCUGUCAGUUAUUGUUUUAGUCCAAACUGGGUCGUCGGCACCGUGUGGGAUGGGACCCCGAAAGGUAAAGCUGGACACUUACCGUAAGAGAAGCGUAGUUUGGAGCUUUUUUAGAGAUAUUGACAAAGGAUCGGUGCAGUGUGUGCUGUGUAAUCGUUACCUUCAUAAAAAGGAGCACGGCUCCACCACUCCGAUGCUAAGACAUCUGCGCCUCAAACACCCCACACAGGUCUACAGAGGAAUGGAGAGAGAAGACGAAGCUGCUGCCAGCCACGACCACCAGCAUAUGGAAAUAGAUGAUGAACAGAUCAUCUCUGUUGUAGUGGCAAUGGACGACGAUGAACCCAACACCAAGACCACACCGAAUGAUUCUGAUCCCAGUCCAGCCGUCACUGGCCUCUUUGAAGCUUCACAACAAGGCUCAUUAGUACAUCUAAUACACGAAGAAAAUCUUAGCCACAUUCCAAACAGGCAAUCACGCAGGCGCAGUUUGAUUUGGAGGCUGUUUGAACAUUUGGACAACUUAAACGCUGCUCGUUGCCGCAUUUGCAUGAAAAAGUUGCACAAAAGUGGCGGCAUCAGCAACCUUCGCCGGCACUUGGUAAAGAGGCAUCCAAAUGUGCUGUCAGAGCUACUGUCCAGCACCCACCAACGUCCUACUGUGUCCUCACAGGGUCUAAAUGUUGCCAGUGUCUCUCAUAAACCCUAUAUAGGAACAGAACCCCGUCAGGCUCCAGUGAAAUUGGUUUUGGAAGAUGGGGAAUCUCACAUUCUGACCACACUGAAUGAAACUCCAGUCAUAAGCAGCUUCCCAGACACACCUCAAGCAGAAAAAACAACCGAAACAGAGGGUACAAAUGCUGAUGGUGGAACAGGGGAAAACAUGUGGGACAGUGGGCAGAAAUGGAUUCCAGUGGAAGUUAGAGUGGAAGACGACAACUCAGACGUCAUGACCCCUUCUAAUGAACCUGACACCAAUCAUGUCAUAAAUGACGAUCCCGACCUUUUGCGAGAAGGUUCGACACAAGAAGCAACACAUUCAGAGGAAGGUGAUAACUCCUCUGAGAGACCACCAACCAAAGACCGCAGACGGAGCGUGAUCUGGAGGCACUUUGACAGAUUAGAGAGUUCAGAAGCAGCUCAGUGUCGCAUUUGUAUGAGGAAGCUGCAGUGCUUCGACAGUGGCUGCACCAGUAAUCUGCAUCGACAUCUGUCAAAAAGGCACCCGAAGGUGUUCUCUGAGCUGGGAUCCAAGCAGCAGUUGUCACCAGACUCGAAUAGUCGCGAUGGGACAACUGAAAGUCAAUUGAUAAAACAUGAGUUGCCAGUGAGACCUUCUCUCCCUUCAACCAGAUUGAAGGCCUCGAGCCAAUCGGAAGUAGAAAUCAGAGUUUUUGAACGGGAGCUGGAGCUGAUUGAAGCUCUAAGAAGAACGCAAAGGGAGGAGGCUCAGGCUCUGCAGCAGCAGCGGGAGCUGCUAAAAAAGCUGCAAACAGUCGGCGCCAGAGAAGCAGCUGCAGAGAGGGAAAAGAUCGAGUCACUGAGGAAAGCCCAGCAGGAAGAAGCUGAGGAGCUGAGCAGACAGAGAGAGGAGCUGGAGAACGGAAAGGCAGAGCUGCAGAAAAAGUGGGAGAAGCUCUAUCACGAACGAGAAGAAUUUUUGUUGCUUUCUACAAGCAAAGAAGACACCUGUACUGAAGUGACUGAAUGAUUCAUAGCUUUUCUGAAAGUGUUAGACGUAAAAAAAUAUAUAUUAUUAGCUUCCCUUUAAAGUAAAACAUAUUUUUUUCCAGGAAAUCCUUGCACAAAAUUCAGUUCCUGUUCUAGCUGAUGUUUUCUUUAAAUAUAAAGGAAUCUGACCCAGGACAAUGUCUCUACCUUCAAAUUUCUCUGUAUCAUAUAAACUCACAAGUGACUUGUAAUGUGUAGCAUGUAGAUUACGUAUACUUUUUUUAAAAUGCAGUUUGGCAAAUAAACUUCCUUGCUGUCAGAUCUAUUGUCAAAUGUAAAACUGUAAUUACAGCAGCUUAAACAUGCAAAGACCUAAAAUUAUGGUUAGGACUGUUUUAAAAAGAAAAAGCAUUUGGACUGUUGACUGAAGCUCCUAUAUAAACAUCUGUUUCACUGACCCUCUUUGCUCCUUGUCCUGAUUAAUGCUAACUUUUUCUCUAGAGGUAAAUUAGAUUUGAUGAGCAAGAAGUCAAAGCUGAUUUGCACCAAGCUAUUUUUAUGAUUUCAAUGUUUAUAAUAGGCUUUUGUGUUGAUAGUUAUUUUGAUGCUAUGAAUACUUACCUUAAAUCUAACUCGAUUUAAUGUAGAGAUGGGAUCAAUAAAUAAAAUGAAACCGC